GGUCGAUUCCCAGCCAUGUUUCCAGGGCGCAGCACGGUGCCUGGCGCCCCACAGAUGUUCCUAGACGUUGGUCGGGUGAAUUAAAGGUGGGCAGGAAAGGGAAGGUCAGCAGUAGUGCAGGGUGAGACUGGAAGAGGAGGAGAAUGGGGCUGCGCGGAGACCACGGGGAGAAUCCGAAAGUAUGAGUGUGAUGCAGAGAUGGAAAAGGGGACGUCCCAACCUCCGGGAAGUGCUAUUAGCCCAUUUUAUAGGAGAAACAGACUCAAGAGGGAAGUGCUUGGCCCAGCCAUGAGGAGCCAGGAUCAAACUCAGGUGUUUUGACUUAGCGCCCUGCGUGGUGAGGAGUAUCAGAGACGAAGGAGGACCCUGUGGUCAGAGGAGCUGAGCUCUUUGUUUUGGUUCCAUGAAAGGCAGAAUGGGCUGAACUGGGAUUGACCUAAAUGUCCGCCAAAGGAGUCAUCCGGCAUGCUCUGCCCACCGCACGCCGAGGUGCCCUGACCAUGAGCCUCAACUCCUCCCUCGGCCACAGGAAGGAGCUGAGUAACCUCACGGAGGAGGAGGGUGGCGAAGAGGGCGUCCUCGUCACUGACUUCAUUGCCAUCAUCGUCAUCGCCGUCUUCGUCUGCCUGGGCAACCUGGUCAUCGUGGUCACCUUGUACAAGAAGUCCUACCUCCUCACCCUCAGCAACAAGUUCGUCUUCAGCCUGACCCUGUCCAAUUUCCUGCUGUCUGUGCUGGUGCUGCCGUUUGUGGCCACCAGCUCUGUUCGCAGGGAAUGGAUCUUCGGCGUGGUCUGGUGCAACUUCUCGGCCCUUCUGUACCUGCUGAUCAGCUCGGCCAGCAUGCUCACGCUCGGGGUCAUAGCUGUCGACCGCUACUAUGCUGUCCUGUACCCCAUGGUGUACCCCACGAAGAUCACGGGGAACCGAGCCGUGAUGGCGCUUGUCUACAUAUGGCUUCACUCCCUCAUCGGCUGCCUGCCGCCUCUCUUUGGUUGGUCAUCGGUGGAAUUUGACGAGUUCAAGUGGAUGUGUGUGGCAGCGUGGCACCGGGAGCCUGGCUACACCGCCUUCUGGCAGAUCUGGUGUGCCCUCUUCCCCUUUCUGGUCAUGCUGGUGUGCUACGGCUUCAUCUUCCGCGUGGCCAGGGUCAAGGCGCGCAAGGUGCACUGCGGCACCGUUGUCACCGUGGAGGAGGACCCCCAGAGGAAUGGGAGGAAGAACUCCAGCACCUCCACCUCCUCGUCCGGCAGUAGGAGGAACGCCUUUCAGGGCGUUGUCUAUUCGGCCAACCAGUGCAAAGCCCUCAUCACCAUCCUGGUGGUCAUCGGUGCCUUCAUGGUCACCUGGGGCCCCUACAUGGUUGUCAUCACCUCUGAGGCCCUCUGGGGAAAGAACUGCGUCUCCCCGACCCUGGAGACCUGGGCCACGUGGCUGUCCUUCACCAGCGCCGUCUGCCACCCACUGAUCUAUGGCCUCUGGAACAAGACGGUUCGCAAGGAGCUGCUGGGCAUGUGCUUCGGGGACCGGUAUUACCGGGAGCCGUUCGUGCAGCGGCAGAGGACUUCCAGGCUCUUCAGCAUUUCCAACAGGAUCACAGACUUGGGCCUGUCCCCACACCUCACGGCGCUGGUGGCAGGUGGACAGCCCCUGGGGAACAGCAGCAGCACCGGGGACACUGGCUUCAGCUGCUCCCAGGACUCAGGGACAGAUGUGAUGCUGCUCGAGGAGUGCACGUCGGAUGACAACCCUCCCUCCCACUGUACGUGCCCCCCCAGGAGGAGGAGCUCAGUGACAUUCGAGGACGAAGUGGAACAAAUCAAAGAUGCCGCCAGGAACCCUAUUCUGCACGUGAAGGCCGAAGUGCACGAGUCCCUGGACAGUUACGCGGCCAGCUUGGCCAGAGUCAUCGAGGCCGAAGCCAAAAUCAACCUGUUCGGGGAGGAGGCCUUGCCAGGGGUCCUGGCAGCCGCGCGGACCGUCUCAGGGGUUGGCUUCGGCGGCCGCCGAGGCAGCAGGACCCCGGCCUGCCAGAGGCUGCAGCUGCAGAGCAUCGCCGAAGGGAACGUCUUGGCCGCGGAACCGCGCUGAGAGCCCGGGGUGGACCGUCCGUCCCAUGGGGUCGCCCGGGGACCGAACGACAUCUGAGGCGCCACCAAACGGCGCGUCUGGUGAGACCCCGCGUGGGCUCCUUGGACGUCCUGGCGAUGGGACCAGAGCCUCCUAAGGCAUGAAGGGGAGUGGAAAGAGGCGUGGCCGGGCCCUUCUGCGAGGUGGGGCGCAGAAGGGACUAGAGACAAGAGCCGGGGAGGAAACCAUCAGGUGGCUGACCCCCUCUUCUUCGUGACCGGGGACCCCAACCGUGCGCUGUCCCGGACAUCUCGAGGUGAGCUCUUCCCAGUGCCCUGCGGAGGACAGCACUUCCUGGUGAAGCAAGGCUUGUCCCCUGACAUCUGCGUGAUUGAUGUGGUCCACAAGGGACAGGCGGCCCUGCCCUGGAUGCUGCCCAGGAGAUCCUGGGCAGGGCGCGUCAGAUGGUGUGGCCACACCUCCAGCCUGGUCGUGACCUUGCAGCCUGUGCGGGGGCACCUGCUGGUGCUAGAAGGGACCCUCCACAGGUCACUGUGCGGAAGUGGCUGGCCUGAGGCUGCAGUUACUGAGAAAGAGGGGCGUCCUGCCCACCCGCUCUCUGUAUUGACGGAGUCCUUGGUGUUUCAGAAGAAGGGGAAAACCACUAUAGAAGACUCGAGGGAAGAGCAGGCGCCAGAUGUUUCAUUUCUAGAAUUAAAUAAUCCGUUCGGUUAGGACAAGCCAUGCUCUCUCCAAGCAGGAAAGAGGCUGCGGUGCCCAGUCCGGUCUGGAGACAGAGACUCUGCAGUCACAUAGGACAGCCUCGUCUGACAGCUGCGGUGUCUGAGCGACUAGUCAGAACGGCUGCUGGUCCCCUGGUCCUGGGAGUGAGGCGGGAUGGAGUACAGACGUCGCUGCACCUGUACUCCUGGCCCAGCUCCGCCUCUGCCGGCCUCUGGGACUUCCGGUUGCUUCUCGAAGCAGUGUGUCCGGAAAGUGGGAUAAAGCGGGUGGGGAGUUGGAUUUGAACGGUCUCAAAGAUCAUUUCUAACUGUGAUCUUCGAUGUUCUCUAUCUGUAGGUUACAGAUGGGGGGCGGCGGGGUUGGGCCUCCCACAGGCUCAGGCAUAUCUUUCCAGAUAGUUUCCGGUGGACGGGCGCCGCAGCCCUGCGGGGCGGCGGCGGCGUGCGGGCUUGUCAGACCUGUUUCGAGCAGAGUCCUGACUGCCCGCCCGGAUGCAGGCGGGGAGGCAGAGGCAGGAUGGAGCAUCGGGCGUGGGAUUUGUGUGGCUAGACCUCGCCUGUCUCCCCUUUGGAUGUGGGACCUUGGUUGAGUGUGGGCUUGGCGGUAGUGGCAGGAAGCCAUCCAGUCGCCCGUGUCUGCCCUUAAACCUGGGUCGUCAGCUAAGUAAGUGCCAAACUUUCCCGCCCUCACAGUUCCAGGCGGUUCACAGGGGGCAGAUUUUUGGCCACUGGGCAGCUACCCCAAAAAGCACACUCCCUUUGUGGGGUUUUCUUCCAAGGCCUUGCCAGCUCCUGGUGAUGCAACCUCUUUUUGCUGCGGGGUCCCUCAUCUGCUGAUACGCUCCCACUACCAGGUGGCAAUUCUGAAUCUGAGGGCAUGUCGUGUUUCCAGUGUGUACAUAUUUUUUCCUACACUGUCAACUAAGGGACCAUGUUCCUGACCAACUAAUAUACACAGAGAUGACCUUUACCUCGAGGCUGGAGGAACCCGGGUGGUUUGCCCGUUAGGCUUUGGAACCCAAGGGCUGAAGAGGGCUUCCCCUGGGCUGCACUUGGUUGGGUUCUAGGGGAAGAGUCUGGAGACCCCAAGUCCCCACUGGCAGAUCCCAGACUAGCUGGGAUAUAUUGGGGUUUCACCCGAGCCUAUCUUUACAGAAAGAUUUGUUUUCCUUUUUUCUGUCGACGCCCCCACUCACUGUGGACUUACUCCGGGCAGUAACUUUAAAGUGUCUUCGCUCAUUAUGAUCUAAGGAAAGACCUGGGCAAUACUGAUGCUAAUAAACAGCCAAGUCAAGUCCUUUCA